UAGUACUUCGAGUGCUGCCGAAAAUAAAAAUUGAUUUGCAUUUCUUCUCGGCUUUAAAUAUAUUAAAUGUUAUUGUUCCCGCACCGAAAAAUCAUAAACCGUUUCAUGAACACCACUGCUAAAUCGAAAUAAAUUAGAACAAUUGAAUUGAACUUCCAAAAACUAGAACGUAUGUGAAGCGUGUGUGCCGUAUAUGCCCAGCGAUAAGGACAAAAAACGGUUAAAAGAAAGCUUUCACGAAAGAAAGUAAAAAACAUACAUUUUACUAAAGUAAGAAAAAAAAACAACGAAACGCGUGUGCCGCGAGUAUUGGCGAAAGUCGCAACAAAAAAGUGUAUGUCAAAUAUGAAAAUGUGGCUCCACCAGCGAUAACGGUACUCCAAUGUGCUCUUUUGCACGCACACAGAAGCCUACCGCACACGCACACCACCACAACUGCCAAAAAGCGAAUCCUGCCCAACAGCCGCACCUAUAAAAGUGGGCGUGGGUAGAGACAAGUUACUGUAACCAAUUUGCAAAUAGUGAUGUACGGUUAUUGUUUAAACAAAUUCAAGCUGUCCUAAUCAAAUACCUUUGCGAAUUCCAAUACACACCUAUACACACACAUGCCCACGCAGCGAGAGGAGAGAAAGAAGUAAAGGAAGCCAAAGGACAGGAUAGAAGAGCAAGAGGAAGAACGAAGCAGCAUCGGCGCGUUGGAGAAAUGUGCGGAAAGAGAAGAUUGAAAAUAAACGUGUAGUAGAGAAUUUUUGAGACACUCGCACGCACACCUACACUCUUUUUCUCUCUGUCUCUCCGCUUAUACCAUUUGCCGCCUACACACACAUACACCUACCUAAGCAGACAUACGUGCGCUCUCGAAUCGCGAAAAUCGUGAGCUUUGUUGUUGCCUCUUCCACUCCCUCGCUCUCAGAGGCGCUCCCGUGUUGUUUUUGUUGUUGUUGCCGCUUAGCAAAUGGCAGACCCUCUAAGCGGGCGCCGCUGGUGAUAACAUGUCGUAAUGGCCAGAGAGGAGUCUCGCGGCAAGAGACCACUGAAAAUCUGGGACAGCUGGCGGAAUGUGCGCAAGGGCGUCGUAGUUGGGACCUUCGAGGAGCUCUUGGUCCGCGGCAAGGAUAAGCUGGGGGUUCCUGCUUCAGAACCGGUGCGCGUUGUUCUGGAGUGUGAUGGAACCCAAAUCGAGGACGGCGAAUACUUUCGCACCCUGGCCAACAAUACGGUGCUGCUGCUGUUAAGACAGGGCGAGCGCUGGUAUCCCACUGGCGUCGAUGUCAUAAAGGCUGCCAUAUCAGCUAUACCGAAAAUCGUCUGUGAGACGAUUCAUGCGCUGGAGUUGCACGAUGAGACACCGUCGUGGAAGAUCAUGGAUAACAAAGGGCGUGUCACGGUCGUUCUGCACUGGGAUCAGCGGCAGGGAGGAGGAAGCGGCGGUGGAGGAGGCGGUGGCGCCGGCGGCGGAGUGGGAAGCAUGUGCUCCGGCCUGGGCAGCAGCAAUGGGCUGCUGUCGUCCGACAAGUACUCGCCCUCAAAGAAGGGUCUCUCCGCACAGAGUUCGCUUGAUAACAAGUCGGUGUCGUCGCAGUCCUCCCAGCCGCGCUAUGCCAGCCCUCAAAUAACGGUGAUCAGUGACGACGGACCGGCGAGCAUUUACCAUCCCGGUGGUGUUGUUCUGCCGCCAGGAGUUGUGAUACCAGGCGGCAGCAGGCGACUCUCCAAGCAGGGAAGCUCCUUCGACAGCACCGUGGGUGUGGGCGUGGGAGCGGUGCACGUGCACACGCCAGAAUGCGCCCACCACGCCCACACGCCAAGCAGGGCGGGCAGUCCAAGCACUACCGAGUGCGACUUUCACUGCUGUGCACUGCACGAGGAGGGGCGCAAGAUCGCUGUGCACAAGAGCGUGGCCACGUCGCCCAUCCAGGACGGAAGCAGCAGUCCCCAGCCGCAGUCGGCACCAUCGGUUAUGGAUCCUAUGCUGGGCGGCAGCGGUGGCGGCGGAAGCGGUAGCAUGCAACGGCGCUCGUCGGGCGCCAAGGGCCACGUUCGAUUCCUGGACAUCGCCCCCGAGCGGGAUAGCUCCGAGAGCGAAACGGAAAACACGGUGAUGGAGGACGACAAGACGACGACGGAGAAGUUUCUGCUGCUGAUCGACCAGUUGUCGGUGGACCAGAAGCGUCACCUCAGCAUUAAAGACAUCGGCAUCAUACUGGAACGCCUCAACUCCAAGAUCCUUGACGUGGAGCGAUUGGAUCGCGAGUCCGAGUCGGACGACUGCUACAACUGGACGAUAAAGGCCACAAUACGCGGCGAUGCGCUGCGCGAACUGGGCGUCAUUUACAAUGGCAACUACUAUGCCAUCUCUGAGCAUCCUGGCUACAAGGAGGAGCUAGAGGAGAACGGCGAGGAGGUCGAGGAGGAGGAGGAAGAGGAUGAGGAGGACAGAAUUUAGAUUACCCAUGACGGGCAGACGGGCUAACCCACAGGUUCACGACUGUCCCACGUUGGGCGCCACAGAAGGUAUCAAUAAACUAGCGCAUUUUACAGAAACCAAAACGAAAAAAUGAAAAAACCAAAAAUAGGAGUAGCCCAGCAGCUCGAUACAAGAACACUCACACACACACACACACACACCAACAUGCAUACAUAUAUACAUAUAUACUAAUAUAAAAUAAUUACGAGAAUAUAAUAAUGCAAGUCGCACAUUGUACAAUAGUGAAGUAAGCGUAAACGUGAAUUAUAAAAAGGCGAAAGCAAAGCAGCCACACACCCAGAAA